AUGGACUGUGGAGAAUGGACUGUGGAGAAUGGACUGUGGAGAAUGGACUGUGGAGAAUGGACUGUGGAGAAUGGACUGUGGAGAAUGGACUGUGGAGAAUGGACUGUGGAGAAUGGACUGUGGAGAAUGGACUGUGGAGAAUGGACUGUGGAGAAUAGGACUGUGGAGAAUGGACUGUGGAGAAUGGACUGUGGAGAAUGGGACUGUGGAGAAUGGACUGUGGAGAAUGGACUGUGGAGAAUGGACUGUGGAGAAUGGACUGUGGAGAAUGGACUGUGGAGAAUGGACUGUGGAGAAUGGACUGUGGAGAAUGGACCUGUGGAGAAUGGACUGUGGAGAAUGGACUGUGGAGAAUGGACUGUGGAGAAUGGACUGUGGAGAAUGGACUGUGGAGAAUGGACUGUGGAGAAUGGACUGUGGAGAAUGGACUGUGGAGAAUGGACUGUGGAGAAUGGACUGGUCUGUGAGAAAUGGACUGUGGAGAAUGGACUGUGGAUAAUGGAGCUGUGGAGAAUGGACUGUGGAGAAUGGACUGUGGAGAAUGGACUGUGGAGAAUGGACUGUGGAGAAUGA